ACUUGGUAUAGAAGAACGGUCACGGGUUAAAUUGAAUUAAGGGACGAAAACUUGGGGGACAGGUAUAGUAUAUUAAUAUAUAUAGUGUGUUAUAUAGGUCUCUCUAUGCAGUGUAGUAUAUAGGCUCUAUACGUGUAUUUCAAAAUGGAACUCCCGCGCCAAUACUGACCGUCCUUCUAUACCAAGAUAUAUUCGUUGGUAUAACAGCACGUUUCUGAUGUUCCGUUGCACCGGCUUGGAUAAACUAUUUAUUUUAUAAGUUUAUAUUGAUUUUGUGGAUACUAGAAGCCAGUUCGAUACUCAAGAUGCCUGUUGUUAAACUAACGUCGAACGACGAAUACGUGAAUUUUCUCAAGUCAAAUGAUUUAUCUGUGAUUCAUUUCUAUGCACCAUGGGCAGAUCAGUGCACCCAAAUGAAUGAAGUACUCGAACAGAUGACAAAGCUGGAUGAAUACAAAAAUGUGAAAUUUGCAAACAUUGUGGCCGAAGAUUUGCCAGAAAUUUCUAUGAAGUGUAGUAUCACAGCUGUACCAACUACAGUGCUAUUUAAUAAGGAAAACAUUGUAGGAAGAGUUAAUGGUGCUAAUCCAUCAGAAGUCAAGGAGCAAAUCAAGAAACAUUUGUCAAAUAAAAAUGAGUCAUCUCAAACUCUUGAAGAUAAACUGCAGGCAUUAAUAGACAAAGCUCCCUGUAUGUUAUUCAUGAAGGGAAAUAGGGAUACCCCAAGGUGUGGUUUUUCUAGAACAAUCAUUGCUUUAUUGGAAGAGCACAAGGCCGACUAUGAAACAUUUGACAUUUUGGAAGACAACGAAGUCAGAGAAGGACUGAAAAAAUAUAGCAACUGGCCAACGUACCCACAACUUUACAUCAGAGGUGAACUCAUUGGAGGUUUGGAUAUAGCUAGGGAGAUGAGUGAAUCUGGAGAGUUGGACAGUAUGUUGCCCAAAAAAUCACAAGGUAAUCUUGAGGAUAGGCUCAAGAAGUUGAUUAAUCAAGCACCUUGCAUGCUAUUCAUGAAAGGAAACCGAGAUGUUCCUCGCUGUGGAUUCUCAAGAACAAUCAUUAAUCUUCUGAACGAACAUAAAGCUGAUUAUCAAACCUUUGACAUCUUGGAAGAUAAUGAGGUCAGAGAAGGUCUUAAAAAAUACAGUAAGUGGCCGACGUAUCCACAGCUUUAUAUUAAUGGUGAACUCAUUGGAGGACUUGACAUAGUUAAGGAAAUGAGUGAAGCAGGAGAAUUAGAUAGUAUGUUGCCAAAAAAAGAAGCAUAAAUAAUUCUUAAGUUCUUUUUUUAUAUGCUUAAUUGCCAGCUACUGUAAUCAAAUCAAAAGUAUACUUUACAUUUAUUACCUAUUGUAAUUAAAUUACUUUAAUUUAAAAAAAAUGUAAUGUAAAGUAAAGCAUAUCUAACUAUAAUUUAAUUGAAUUUCAUCAAGUAUACUUGGUUCAAUAAAUAAAUUAUUGAAAAACCUA